AUGGCCUUCAACUUGCCAGUGACCCUGGGGUCAACACCCCUGACCGGGAAGGUGGACGUGGCUGCAGCUGGCACCGGCUCUUGGCCAUUGCAAGGUGCUAUGCCUGCCCCUGGCACUACCUCACCUCGGCCUGCCAACGCCUACGCGCCGCAGCCACCGCAGGGCAUCCAAGGCUUCCAGGGCAUGUCCCAGAUCUUUGGCACGCCCCGAGGGGAAGCGGUGAUGCAAAGCUCGCCCCGGUUUGCGCAGGUCUUGCCAGGGACUCCCCUGGAAGCCGAGGCUGUUAAGGGCGUGGCCCUAGAACAGGCCCCGGCACAGGCUAAGCACUGUGAAGACUCGAGCAAUGAAGAUGAGGCCAAGAAGGCAAACAUGGAAGAGGUGAAAGAGGAGCCGAGAAAGGAGUCAAAGGAGGUGCUGAAGGAGGAGCCCAAGGAAGUGCUGAAGGAGGAGCCCAAGGAGGAGAGCAAGGAGGAGCCCAAGGAGGCAACCAAGGAGGCACCAAGGGAGGCACCCACGGAAGCGCCUAAGGAGGUGCCGCCUGUGCGAAAGGCCCCGCCCCAGUAUGGACCAAGCAACUCUGCGCGUCGCGCGCGCGUGCGCAAUGGGGAGAACCCAGAUACCCCGGUCGAGCCGCCUCAGUAUGGUCCGAACAACUCCGCCCGGCGCGCACGAGUUCGCAACGGCGAGAGCCCAGAUGCCCCGAGCUCCAGCCCGCUGCUGAAGCCAGAGGCUCGCACUCCCACCGCCAGUGCGCGCUCCAACAGCUCCAACAGCCGACCGGCCUCCCCUACCAGCCCAAGCUCCCCAUCACGACCUUCACUGCCACCCCCCCGCGCAGUGACACGUGCGGUCAGCGAGAAGAGAUUGGCGCCAAGCCCGAAGAGCGCACCGGCCAGUGCGCAUCACAGCCCAGUCUCCAGCCCCAUGGCCAAGAGUGCUGCUGGGGCGGCACCGCAGAAGUUCGCGCUGAGGAGUGUCCGUAGCUUUGCGGAGAACAAGGAUCAUGAGAAGUUGCCUCGCGCAAGGUCCCAGAGCGUGAAAAGGGUGAAGAACCCCGAAGAUCCCUUCGACCUGCAGCGCUUUGUUGACCCUCAGAGGGAGUCCAUCGAUGGGUCCGUUUUUGAGAAGGCCCUCUCAGAGAUCCAGGCUGGCCGCAAGUCUUCCUGCUGGAUGUGGUACAUCAUUCCGUCGCCACCUCACAUGAAGAACAACAUUGAGCAUGGCAGCGCCCUGAACCGCAAGUAUGCCAUCAGGUCCGACGAGGAGGCUCUUGCGUUCAUCAACUUUGAGGAGGGAGGACUGAGCCUUCGCGACAACUAUUACAACAUCAUGUUUGCUGCGAACGAGCACAUCAAGGCUGGCAAGCAUCCAAAGAAUGUCAUCGGCGGCUUCGACGAGCCCAAGCUCUACUCCUCGGUCAUUUUGUUCGAGCGAGUUAGCCGCGACGUGGACAAGGAGCUGAACGAUCUCAUGGCUCCUCGGAAAGUGCUGGAGGAAAUCAGCACCCUGGAAGAAUGCGCGCAGAAUGGGAAGCAGUUGAGCCUCAGUCAGAUGAAGAAGAUCCAGUCCAAAGCCACCCUGGAAGGAGAGUUGCGAGGAUUGGAAGCCGGCGACUCAGAGGAGGGCCUCCUCGCAGAGUUGCUGAAGGAGAAGGAAGAGCUGGACGCGGAGCUCAGUCCAGCGGCGCAGGCGCGGGCUGUGCAGCCUGAGCUGCCCGGCGAAGUCCGAACACCCAAUGCGAAGUCGGGCAAGGCCUGUCACUUGCCCAUCCCCACAGCGGCUGCACGGACAAAGCUGGCCCCGUGGGGCAAGCCCAGCCAGUCAAGUUCAAGACCGUCCUCCCGAACGCCUCAGCACAAACCUCAGACACCUCAGUCACCUCAGUCACCAUCGCCGGCUUCGACGGAAGUGAGGUCACCUUCCGCGACACCUUCCAGCGCUGCUCGCGCCGUUCGGAUGCCCAUCCCGGUGAAAGCUACGGCGGAGCAGCGACAGCAGCUGGAAAGUGACCUCGCCUUCUGGGGCCGGAAGUUCGCCAGCCAGGCGCAGAUCCAGCAGGCCGCGGUGGUGGCGGAGCUCAGCCACGAGGCCAUGGCCAGUGAGGAUGCCAAAGCGGAGCUCAUGGCAUUGGUGGAGUAUGACCUGGAGCUUCCAGAGGGAGCGCUGAGCCGUGGUGCUGUGGCCAUCACGACUCCUCAAAACCGCCAGACUGACACCUCGGAGGGUCUCUCCGACCUCUCCGAUCCAGACUCCGUGUUUGCUUGCUGCAACACGGAUGGAAGUGGCAUGCUGGAUGUGCACGAGCUCAAGUUUGCCUUCAAUGCUUUCGGGCUUUUCCCGGGCCUUGACUACAUCAGGAGCUGGAUGGGCCACUGUGAGCGACUGGACCGCAAGGCCUUCAGGGCCCUGCUGGAUUCCAAGCUCCGCAGCGCCCCGCAGUCCAUGCGGGGCCCCAAGACGCUGCCUUACAGCCGCCGAGGCGUCCGCAUGGGACAAGUCGAAGGACUUCAUGAUACCUUCAUUUCGAGUGAGUGGCUCCAGCAGAAGUGCAACAACUUCAACAUGGAACACCAGUCGGACAUUCAGACUGGCAAGAGCUUCGCAAUGGCAACAAACCUGUACGCGCUGAACCAGUGGGUCAUCAUGCCCGGAACCUGCCCGAACUCGGAAGAGCUGCCGGAGGAGUUGCGCAGGUCUGCUGGUAUGCCCGUUGCGCAGCACGAAUCCUCUUUUGCGGAGCUGAUGAACCCGGACGGGCUGGGAGUGGACUACUUUGUGUCACAUUUCUGGGGCCAUCCCUUCAAGGACACCUGCGCUGCACUUCGCUCCUGGUCAUCCCAGGUGCAUUGGCAAAUUGGGAGGCCGCAGAUGAGCAUGGUGUAUUGGAUUUGCCUGCUGGCACUGAACCAGCAUCGUCCAAGUGAGGAGGUGGGCUCGUCUCCGGAGGAGGGCCCCUUCAACUGCGCCCUGGUGCAGUCGGCCUGCGGCGCGGUCAUGGUUCUGGACGAGUCCGUGGCGCCCUUCAGCCGCAUCUGGUGCCUCUUCGAGGUGAAGCGCCUCACCGACCUGAAGAAGGACUUCCACCUCAUCUCCGCGCAGGGCGCCAUGGGCUCAAAUCUGGUGGACAUGGAGCCAGCACAGAGGCAAACGCUGGUGGCGUUUACCUCGCGGGUCGCCUCAGCCCUGGAGUGCGUCUCCGCUUUUCAGGCAAAGUCCAGCAGCGAGGAUGACAAGUUUGCCAUUUGGCACCGGGUGGCCGACCCGCAGCUGCAGAAGGUCCCCCUGGCCGUGGCGCGCGAGCGCAGCCUUUUCAACGCGAACGUCUUCAAACGGUUCGACACCACAAUCCGCAGUCUCCUAGCAGCACCUUUGUACCAGACCAGCCUGCUUGAGGAUGCUUCGGGUGCUUUGCGAUACAUCGGCAUGGGCGCGCCCUUCGGGGCCAGCGACUUGCAGCUCCUGCGGGACCGAGGCGUCGACGUGUGCAAGGUGGAGGUGGGGGUGCAGAGCGGCACUCAGAGAGUCGGCUGGCAGCUCCUCCACAUAGCGGCAUACUUUGGCCACAUGGAGGCUGCGAAGGAGCUGGUGCGCUUGCGGGCGAGCCUGGAGGCAAAGACCAAGUUCAGGCUCACGCCCUUGCAGCAGGCCGCGCGGAAUGGACAGGAGGAGAUGUGCACACUGCUGUUGAGUAGCAAGGUUACCGCCCUGCAUUCUGCUGCCAUGAGUGGUCACACUGACACGGUGAAGGUGCUGCUGUUGUAUCGGGCCGACCCCACAGUGCGACAGUCGGACGACAGAAAUGCCUUGCACUUGGCCGCUGAAUGCGGCUCAGUGGAGGUGGCGCAGGAGAUUGUGGAGAGGAGCCCGCAGAAGGGCGCGCUCUUGACCGCCCAAUCCAGGAAGGGCAGUGCCUUGGACUUGGCCGCCACGACGGAGAUGGCGGACUUCCUGCAGAGCAUUACCGAGACGUAG